CCGUUUUGUGUGUUUUUAUUGUGCGUGCUUGUCAAAGUGUCGCUGUCAAAAGUGCGCUUGACAAUCACGCCGCCCUCUCUGAUCCACCUCCGGAAAAGUGCUUACACAACGGAAAUUGCGGCCGGGAAAUGUUUUCCUACAAAAUGCGUCCCUUCCUAGUGCUCCGGAGUAGUGCCACUGAGUGUUUAGGACAGUUCCGUCGCACCCUCACAGUCAGUGCCGCGCGGUUGGAGAAAAAACAGGCCGAGCUAGAGGAAGUGGUUGAGGCGACGGAGUUACCGGUAACGUUCGUGGAGGACGAUGCAGAAUCGAUCGAAGCACGCGAGGAACGUAUCAACGCGCUGCGGAACAAAUCGCGCCUACUGCCCCAGCAUCGGAACAUGCUGCAGGAUGUGCUGCCCUACGAACAGUCGCAAUCCUGGAUUCACGAGACGGUCAAAUACAGACGGAUGAUGCUCGGCAGAUACGGCAUCGAAAGCAGCGGCACGGAUCCUCGAAUUUGCUUCCCAACCGAAAAGGAAGCGUACGAGCGGGCAGAAUACGAAAAGGUGGCCUUUCCCUUCACCCUGCGCCAAAUGAUGGACGAAAACAAGGCAGCCCAGAAGGCCCGCAAGGCAGCGAUUGAAACCCGGGAGGCCGAAAUUGCGCGCAAGUUGGAGAAACUGGACCAGUGGACGUCGGAUUUGAACGCUAAGAUCGAAAAGAAGGAACGCGAAGCACGGGCGGCCAAGGAACGCAAGGACCGGUUAGUGGAAGAGGUGCGGCGACACUUUGGCUUCAAGGUGGAUCCACGCGACGAACGGUUCCAGGAGAUGCUGGCCCAGAAGGAACGUGAAGAUCGCAAGAAGGUGAAGGAAGCCAAGCGGAAGGAGAAGGAGGAAAAAAUGAUGGAAAAACUGCAGAAAAAGACGGCCGAACUCGAGGCCGAGAUUGAUGUGUCGAGCGGGAAGGGCAAGAAGUAGUGCCAUUAAUAUAGUCCUCU